AUGAGGUUGUGUUCUAUACAGCCAUACGCAUCUUAUAUGUCCCAGCUGGUUUCCGAAGGGUUUAGUAUCACCAUGAAUAUUUCAUUGCUUUGGAAUAAUACAGUGCAGUUGAAUUUCUAACGUUUUCAAUCAUCUCUCAAUUCACCGGGGAUUACUUAGCAGUGCUGUAGAUAGUAUUGCAUAAAGGACUUUGUGCGUGCGGUGGUGCACGCGAGGAUUCUGUUAUAUAUAUUUAAAGACAUCAUACCAUACAUCAUGAUGAUGUCAUGUGAUGGUCAGCUAGCCCUAUCAUACACUCAGUUGACCACAGUGACCAGUGAUAAACAAAUAGACAGUACACGGCAUGAUGUGCCUCUAACGGUUAAUCUUGACAGUAUGGAUAUUGGGCGGGAAGAUAUCGGGGCCGAUGGAAGCGAGUUCGGAUCUCCAUCAACCUAUAUUCCAAGUGACAGUGAACUUACGCCCUGUUCCCUAGGGACCACGCCGGAUACUCCUAUGAGUCCCUUCACUGAUAUUCACAAACAUUUCGUUUUUCCGGGAGAAAGUGGUUUCAAUCAAAGCGCGCCUCACCAUGGACAACAACAGUGUAAAACAUCCAGAAAAAUAAACUCUUCCUCUGCUCGAAGACGGAAUUCCAUGACCCCCGGACGGGAAGUAUUACGGAAAAGGCGACUGGCGGCAAAUGCCAGGGAAAGGAGGAGGAUGGAAAGUUUAAACGUGGCCUUUGACCAAUUACGUGAUGUCGUUCCUUCAAUAGGAGACGAUCAGAAACUGUCGAAGUACGAAACUCUUCAAAUGGCACAGAGUUACAUAAAUGCACUGAAAGAUUUGCUUAUCUGAGAUUUUACCUGAGAUUUUUAAAAGUGCACAAUACUUUAAACAUGAACAUUCUAUAUUUUUGUAUUGUCAUUGUGCAUCACACCUGUGUUCUAUUGCGAGUGGCGUAUCGCGUUAGAUAGCCGGCCUUGAGGUGUACUGUUACGCCGUACUAUUGUAGCAGACAUUCCGGGUUUAGUGAACUCCAGGGUAACGAUUCACAGCUCACACACCGCACAUCAGAAGGGAGCUAACUCCACGUAGACCAUUAAAUUCCGACGAUGAAAAUGCGGCAUUUUGGAUGGUGUCUGUUCAUUACAUAAUAACUUGUUAACAGUCUUCCUUGUCACUUAAUUCUUUGCCAAUAAACACUGAAAUGGAGAAAACUGUCUCGGCCGUGGUUUGUAAGCCGAUGGCCGGGUACGUUGCCUAACUAAUCGGAUCCGGUUUGCGUGUGAUACCAUCAAGUGCUAAUUCAUUGCGGACCAUUAUUGCCAGCAUUUACUGCUCGUCUGACUAUUUGUGACUUUAUAAUGCGUGGACACGUGUUGAAGAAACUUCUGUUAGCAUUCCAAUUUAUUCAUUGAAUGAGAAUGUACUAUUGUAAUUUGUACGCCAUUGUUAUUUUCAAAGGUAGCUGGUAUCUUAUUGAAGAUAGUACAUGUAUAUUUUUUCUACAACUUUAUGAAUGCAAUUUUUUUCAAUGUUGAUAGCUUUUAAA